AUGGGUGUGGAUCAAAGAUCAAUUCCUAACAAAAUGCCUUCCCUUGUCAACUUCUCUGUCUUGGCUGUUGAUGACGAUUCUACAUCUCUCUCCAUUGUUUCGGGCAUGCUCAGAACCUGGAAGUACCAAGUUUCAACUGUAAAAAAUUCAGUGGAUGCUUUAUCUGCCCUUCGAGUGCAACAACAUGUUGACCUGGUAGUCACCGAUCUCCAUAUGCCCGGAAUGGAUGGAAUUCAACUGCAAAAACAAAUUGAUGAAGAAUUUAAUCUGCCUGUUGUUAUAAUGUCUUCAGAUGAAACUGAGAGUAAUAUGCUGGAGAGUUUAAACUGUGGAGCAGUAUACUUUUUAGUAAAACCACUCAACGUUGAUGACCUGAGAAACAUAUGGCAGUAUGCAGUUGCAUUUAAAAGAUGUAAAUCUAUCGUUAUCGAAGAAACAGGAAGUACAAUUCAAAUUAGAGGUGCAGCGAGCCCGGGAAGAAAUUGUGAUGUUCAACUUCAUGAGGAGAUAAAUUCCAUAUCAUCUGUUAACGAAGCUGGGAAGAAAAGUGUUCCGACUAGAAAGGAUUGCAAGAGAAAGGCACUGCUAAGGAGGAGUAACGAAGAGCAGGAAGAAGAUCGUCCUUCUGCUCCUAAAAAGGCCAAGGUCGUCUGGACAAAUUCUCUUCACACUAGAUUUCUACAUGCCGUACAUUGCAUAAGCUUGGAAAAGGCAGUCCCAAAGAAGAUUCUUGAGCUCAUGAAUGUACCAGGCUUAACGAGAGAAAAUGUUGCCAGCCAUUUGCAGAAGUAUCGGAUCUUCCUAAAAAGAGUUGCUGAGAAAGGAGAUCUUUCAUCGAAGACACUGUCUCACAGAGCUUUAAGGUCAAACUUUGCAACUGGUCAUGCACUGUUGGAAGAUCAAUACAAAUCGUCCAGCAGAACACCAUUUCAGCCACUUAAAGGCAGUGUCAUCUCAGCUGUUGGUGCUAGCAGACCCUUUCUUAGUCCUCAACCAUUGGUUGGAAAAUCUGUGCUUGCGGAUCAUUUUAGAUUUGGACAAUUUGGCAAAAAAAGCAGUAAUGCCAAUCCUUCAAUUUUCGGGUUCGAACCGAACCAGAUCAUCAAUGGAGCAAACUUGCCUAGUAGUGGGCUGAUGAGUGGUACAAUGCCAAUCUAUCAACAGGAAACAAGGGUAGCAGAUCAGUUAUUUGGUCUUGCCAACUUUGGCUCCUCCUCUAAUGGAUUUCAUGGCUCCAACUAUAACUCACGCAGCAAUAUUGACCAUGGUAAUUUCCCCAUCAAUAACUAUGCAGGGAUUCGGGUGAAUAGUGAUGGAGAGAUACUGGGAUUGGGACAAAUGCAGCUCGCCAAUCCAAAUAAUGUCAGCUCAAGCUUCAUGAAUAAGGGAAUCAUGAUCGACAAUAUUAAUGCUAGCAACAAGGCCAUUAAUGGUUGUUUUGGUUAUUUGGGUCAAGAUGGUUCUUCUUCUUUCGCUCCUGCUCAGGGUAUGAACCAUGUAAUGCAGCAAGGAUUCAAUACUAAUUUCAUGAGCCAUGCGCAGGAGAAUCUGCCACUAGUAGAGCAACAGUUUACUGCUUUUAACUAUAGACAGGGUCAAGAAAAUGAUUUUUGUUUUGAUCAACAUCCCUUGGAUAACAUGGAAAAUAAUUUGCAACAAUUAGGAGAAGAUGGUAAAACUUUUAAUUUUCAGACAAACGACUACCAGUCCAAUUAUCAGGAACCAGGAGGUGGGCUAGGUGUCCUGAAUGCUGACCUCUCAAAGGACGGAUUCAUUAAUGUUGAAGAACUGAGCCCUCUUAUGGAUAAACUCAUGAUUCCCGAUCUUCCAGACAAUUCUUUUCCUAUUUUAGAGAGUUCUGCUUUGAAUCAAAACGCCCAUGCCAUUUACCAGGCUCAAAAAGAUAACGCCGGUGAAGAAGUGAGGAACAAUCCUAAUGUAGGCCUGGAUGAGUAUAGUCCAAUAUUUGACUUCGAAAUCCCCAACAAGGAACAAAGUGGUGGAGACUUCAUGGACGAACUUAACGCCAUGCAUAUUCCACUGGAGAAUGGCUCUUUUGAGGAUCUCUCAACUACUCUGAACCAGGUUUGGGGAAGUGAUGACUUCAUGAACUGCCUAUGUUGA